AUGUCCCACGAUGAACUCCCCCAAUAUAUGCCCAAUACUGCUCUAAUGUCAUUUGAGACACCUCCUCGCCCAUUUUACCCUCCGUGGGCUACUCCCAAUGCAAAUCCCGGUACACCCACCAUCACAGGGACUGGAUUUCAGACCUACCCAGCCUAUCUUGCCACCCCCAGUCCUCAGAGCCACCAAACAUCAGUUAAGCGGAGCCACAAGAGAAAAAAUGAUGAAAAUUCGGGCCAGAGUGUAGCGAAGAAGGCACGGAACAGCCGAGGUCUGGGUCUGUUGUCAGACUCAACAACGUCAAACCUUCCACCCGAAAUGGGUACGCCCGACGAAGUCAGUGACCCAGAUGCAGACAAACUUGAUUCCUUUUUCGCUUUUCUGCAAGGGACACUUAAGUGGACAUUUGGUGAACUUCUUUAUCACACAAGCAAAGGAAAAUCUCCUGGUGCAAAACGGAAGCUUGGCCCUGAUGGAAAGUCAUUG